GAAACAUGACAAUAUUUUUGAUAAAGUAUUUUUAACUUUUUCAAAUAAUGGUUCUAAUAUGAAAACUGUAACUUAAAGACUAGCUCAGAAUAGCACUAAUAUCCAUUUGAAGAAUCUUUGAAGGGUUUUGCCAAUUGAUCAAACCCCAAAAUGACUUUCUAUAAAAGAUGGAGAGGUUCUUUAAUCAAAAGCUCAUUUUUAGUUUGUAUAGAGCAAAUGUGUCAAAAAGUAGCAUUUAUGCAAUUAGAAAUUUUCUGUAUGCCAAAUUUUUACAUGCUGAAAUGAGUAAAGAUUAACCGAUACAGUCACGAAGCAUAGCAAGAUAGAAAAAAAAAACUAUCAAAAUAUGUACUAAUUACGUCGUUUUCUUGUUUUCUUUCUGUUUGUUAUGUUGAGACGUACUUUUUUGUUAUUUAUACUAUUUUAUGCUGCAUUUGUGUUUGCAUCAGACGGUGAUGAAAAACCAGUUUUCGUACAUUGUGUCAAAAAAUGCAUCAAUUCAACAUGCCCAACACAACUUGACUUUACUUUACGUCUAUUAAAAUGGACAUGUCCUGAAAACUGUCGUUAUACAUGCAUGCAGAACAUCACUGAUAAGGCUAUUGCAAACCAUACCACUGUUUACCAAUACUAUGGUAAAUGGCCAUUUUAUCGCUUUUUCGGCAUUCAAGAGCCCGCUUCCGUUUUAUUCUCAAUUGGUAACGGACUUGUUCAAGGCUAUUAUUUUUUCCAGCUUCACCGCCAUACACCCUCCAAUUAUGCUUUGCGGCCGUUGCUCCUCUUGUAUACACUUAUUGGUAUGAAUGCUUGGGUCUGGAGCACCAUAUUUCACUCAAGAGACAAAAGACUGACUACCUUGAUGGACUAUUUCUCUGCUGCUCUUUAUGUUUUGUAUUCAUUGUAUUUUGCCAUAGUCCGUGUAUGUCGGAUUCAGAAAAAGAGCACAAUGAUUGCGCUGGCCGUAGUCUGUAGUUGCUUUUACGCAGCCCAUAUUAUCUACUUGACCUGUUAUGAAUUUGACUACGUAUACAAUAUGAUGGCCAAUGUGAUGGUGGGUACACUGCAAGUCCUUGUUUGGGUAUGCUGGUAUGUGCUACAGAAAUUAGACUGUCAUGCAAUUGAUCGUCCUUAUGCUUAUCUGGCUGUCAUGUCAGGUAUGGGUGUUUCACUUGCGCUGAGUCUUGAACUGUUUGAUUUCCCUCCUUUAUGGCGUGUUUUUGAUGCCCACAGUCUAUGGCAUUUUUCUACUAUUCCAUUGACUAUUAUUUGGUAUCGGUUUUUGAUGGAGGAUAUGACAUUUGAAACAAGUGGUAAACCUUAUCAAAUGAAACUCUUGCCAUCCUAAACAUGAUCAAAUGAACUUUUUCACACACACACACACAUACACAUACGUAGAGAUUUUAAACAUAAACAUAAUUUUUAAUAAUAAAAUAAUCGCUUUAA